GUGACCGCGUCGGGUCCCGGGACUUCUGCAGAAUCGAAUCAUGGCGCCAAGCAGAGGGCCAUUGGAGGAGGCCAUGAAGGUCAAGUUGAGGCAGAUGCAGGCAGCACGCGACUUGGACUUGAACCAGCUCCAGGAGCAGCUAGCCUCCCAUGUUGCCAAAGUGCAACAACACGAAGAGGAUCUCGCGGCCACGGAGGCUCGACUGCGAGCCUCGAUGACUGAGAUGGAAGAGUUGAGAGCAUCCGCUUCCGAGAACGAAGAGGAACGCAUCAACAGGGAGCAGCAGAGCUCUUCGCUCCGAUCCCGCCUGGAACAGGCCUAUGCUGAAAAGGCGCAGUUGGAGACAGAGUUUGUCGACUUCCGACGAGCAGAAAUGGAGGCAGAAACAGCCAGAGAACGGCGUUUCCGAGAGGACUUGGGCAAGGCCGAGUCGUCUAGCAACGCCUUGCACAGCAGAUGCAUGGAUCUUCAAGCCAAAGUGUCCCUCUUGCGUGACAAGGAAGAGCUCUUGGAAGCAGAGGCAGAGGCAUCCACCAGGGCCACCGAGGAGUGUCAAUCGGAGUUGGAGGAGCUGAAAACCGAAUUGAAGGCUGCCCUCGCAGCGGCUCAGAGGGCGGCGAGCUCCGCGGAGGUCGCCAAACGCGAACGCCGUGACAUGCUGGCGGAGAGAGAGGAGUUGAGAGAUACCUUGGCAGACCUGGAAGCUGCCAUGCCACCCUCCAAGUGCUGUGCGCUCCAGUGAUUCGUUGCGCGGGCGGAGCGGAGAAACAUCUGAAAUUUUCACCGUUCUUCAGAGUUUUAAGGGGGACAAUCAUUUAUAAAUGGUCCAUUUUCAUCCAUGUUCAUCC